AUGUCUAUACAGAACCUGCCUCUUGAGCUUGUUAUCCUGGUGUAUCAAAGCCUGAUUAACCUAGAUGACUGUUUGUCUUUUUCUCGUACAUGCAAAUGGCUCCAUGGCGUUCUUCAGUCAUAUCAAAUCGACAUAUUUAAAUCAGUCAUUACCAACGCAAAGCAUCAUGAACACGACAUUGAGCUAUGUCUCCUUCAGGACGUCUUUGAACGUCAUAGCAUGGAGGAAGCCUUUCUCGAACCUGAAAUAACGUAUGAUGAAAUUGGAGAGCCUAGGAUCUCUCAAUUAAACACCGCUCGGGUAUUUGAGAUCGUGAUUCGAUGGCAUGCCAUGAAGGUGCUUUACAAGAUCUAUAUGAAUCCUUCACUCCAUGAAUGUGCCACUGAAGAAGCCAUGCCAGCACUCACAGAUUCGAAUCAAUGCGUGCUCUGCCCUGAGCGCAGUUACAAAGAAUAUCCACGAUUUUACCUUGCUUUGACAUCCCACUGGGUGCUGAUUGAGAAAAUCUGGCUUGCAAAGAUGACACAUUACAAGCGAUCCUCCAGCUGGAACGAACGCUAUGACCAGCUUUGGGACCAAUGGACGGAUAAUCAAGACAGAACACUUCUAGAGAAGAUAGAAGUGAUCGAAGUUGUUGACUUCAUAUGGGGAUAUUUAGGACGCAAUAUCUUCAAAGGAAAAUUCGCCCAAUUAUCAAACUGGAUUCCUGAAGCCGAUCUAGCAGAAUUCACCAGAAGUGAAACUCCUGAGUCUGCAUGGGCUUCUUUCGUUGCUCGGCUCCUUAUACUGAGAACUUGGAACUCUGAGAUGGUAUGGGAAAUUGAUCAGCCAAAUUACCUGCGCCAGUUAGGCUUUCUUGUAGAGCCUCAGAGUGUGGAAGUACUGGAUGACACUAUAACACCAGACACUCAGUUCUCGUUAUAUGAAUUGGAUAAAGAUGUCAUCUACGGCUUGGUUGAUAUGGUUGGCAGUGAAGACUCUUAUGAAUUAUGCCAGAAGCAGUGGUAUGCUUAUAAGGAUACGCAGUGGAAAAACAACAUGCAAGGACAUAUACUUGCUUACGAGCUGACAUCACAGCAGCUUUUCGAACUUAUCAUGUCAGCUGGUAAUGGAUGAAAUCAUGUUACAGUAUCUGGUUCUGUAUGAGAGACAAAAUGGAACAAGAUCAAGACUCAGGGGUUGGUCUGCUCGUGGCGCCAGUAAACAGAUUACAUCAUACCUAACAUACCCGAUAUUUCCUGGAGACGUUCUUUAGUCGAGUCAUUGUUGUGGGAGACAUAAUCGGUUUCCUGAACUUUCACAUAGCAGACCUCUUAGGGUGCCCAAAGGUCC